AUGGCAUUAAAUAAUUCAGAAUAAGUGAUUAAAUUUUUACGUGAGACUGAGAAAUUGGAUCCAAAAUCAUAUUAAUCCUUAUUGAAAAUAGCUGAGAAUAAGCCAAUUCACCUUUAUGAAAUUGGAAAACUUACAAAAUUAUUAUUAUUAGGCUCAAGAUAUUAGGUAAUAUUUUACACAAUAUUUGGUCUUGGAUAUAUGGGAAUUAUUGGAUAAUAAAAGUACUAAUAAUUGUUGAUUGAUUUAGAAAAAGUUGAUAAAACUCAGAAAUAUUAUGAAAUGUAAUAUCAAAAUAUAAAUUAGAAAAUAAGAUCAAAUAGAAUCUAAAAUUAAGAAAUUAAAAGUGGUUGCUGUAUUAUUUGGACUUACUUCUACACUUGGUCUAUUCGUAACUUAAAGAAUGGGUUAAAAAAUACCAAAAAGUUUAUGGUUUUUACCAAAUGGGGAAUUCAAAUUAACAUUUUAUUCAUUUUUUGGGUUUAAGAAGCAUAUAGUUGCUCCUAUUUCUGAUUUUUCCCUUUACAAUUCAUCGAGUAAAAUAAAUAAAACAGUUAUGAUGAGAUAUAAAACUAAAGAACUAUCUACUAUUGGAACUGGAGUCUCACAUAGCAAUCUAAUAAGAUAUAUUUUAUAAGAUCAAACUAAUAACAAAAUAUGAG